UUGCAGACGGACCGGUCCCACAGGGUAACGUGUCCGCUCAAGCUCCUGCAGGAAUGGAUGACGAUGCGCCAGAUGAAGCCUUUAAGGAGCUGCACACGGGGGACAUUGGAGGAUGGGGUGUUGCUCAGAUAGCUGCUGGCACCGGGCUCGCUGUGUAUGUGAUAUGGACCGGAUUCGUACAGCCAGGCUUCAGGAAAGUCCCCUUGAGGCUACAGGUCCCGUACAUUCCUGCCAGCAGAGUUCAAGUGGAUCAUGUAAUGAACUUGCUGAGAGGCCGAAAGGGAGGGCUUGUGGAUCUGGGGUCAGGUGAUGGCCGCAUUGUCUUGGAAGCUCAUCAGCAAGGUUUCACUCCCGCUGUUGGUUAUGAGCUCAAUCCCUGGCUACUCCGCUUGGCCCGCUUCAAAGCUUGGAGAGCAGGCCAUCAUGAAAAAGUUUCAUACAGACGGGAAGAUCUCUGGAAGGUCGACUUGACAGAAUGCAAAAAUAUCACAGUGUUCUUGGCUCCUAGCGUGCUUUCAUUAUUGCAGAAGAAGUUGGAGGCUGAGCUUCCUGAGGAUGCCUUAGUGAUAGCUGGUCGUUUUCCCUUCCCUGACUGGACACCGUACAGGGUUGAGGGUGAGGGUGUGCACAGAGCCUGGGCAUACAACAUGCAAGCACAAAGACAGAACUCCUUAAAGAAAAAUGACAGCCACGAAAAGCAACCUCAACAAUGAACUCACCAAGGACUAAGGCUCCACUCUAAUGGUUGUCCCUACUCUUUUGGACUCCAGAAUGGGAACAUUAAUUUAUACUGUAUAUCAUUGAGUUACAGCUUAUUAAAAUACCAUCCAUGGAAUAUUGUGUUCAUUAACUUGACUGUCUGAAUGCUUUUUGACUACAUCUUAAACCAGAUUUUUCAGACAAACUGGGACUGAAAUUUAAAAUUGAAUGUGCUCUCUUCUACAGUCUGGGUCGGGGGAUUCUUUCUUUUGGCAAGGUGUGUGUUAACAUUGAAGGAAAACAACACCUUUGCCACAAGAACACUGUAGAAUUGUUGUAAUUACUACCUAAAUGUUGUAAUGUCUGCUUUGUUCAUUAUGACAGAUACCCCGGUUAUCUAGGCUCUUUCUUUUGUAUACCCCAUUUAUCUAGGCCCUUUUUGUUUUGUUUUAUGUAUACAUGUCACACUGUAGGACUGCGGGAAACGAUAUUUCGAUAUUUCUGGAUGUAUAACACAUGUAGAAUUUUUGACAAUAAAUCUGACUUUGACUUUGACUUGACUUUGAAAUAAAGAUGUCUUUAAUUAUUUAGACAAUUUCAGAGACAAUUUUGGAUUCCAUUGUGCAGCUAUAUUUCUACAGGUAGGAUGAACACUAAAGGUACAUUAUUUGUGGGUGAUGGUCAGACACAUAGUGAUGUGGAAAUGUCUGUUGGAAAGUGUGGAAUGUGGUUUUUCCGGCUCUGGCCAAAAACAAACCCUUGUGUAAGUGCAUGAAGUUUGUUUUUUUGCUGUUGCUAUUUCUUUUAAAUGUUAUAGUGUUUUACCUUGUGUUAGUUCUGCUAUAAAAGCAAUUUCUCUUAAAACCUAUGUAUGGAAUAAAAAUUGACCUUUCUUAUGCACCAUGCUGGACAUUAAUCACCCAAUUUUAGGUAAUGUUUGUGGAGCUUUUAGGUGAAAUCCCAAUGUGGCUGACACUAAAUGUUGGUUUACAGUGGCAAAAACAUGUAAUUGUUGUAAAAAUACAAAUAUAUUUUCCAUAAUAAAUCACUCAAUUUAAA